CAAUUAUGGCUAAAAAUGUUCAGUGAACAGACUAAAGUGUUAUCAAUGAAAGAGUUAAUGACAGUUUUUCGUUUAUGUGAACCAGACAGAAACGGCCGGAUUAAAAUAGAUUAUUUACAAGAACUUGCUGGCAGCUACGCACCCCAUUCGGAUAGUCUACAGGAAAUAAACAAUAUCCUCAAUGAACUGGAUCCUCACGGCUACGGUACUCUGUCAUUCAGAGAAUUUUGUUCAGGUGUACGUUCUCUACGACGCCGCCAGAAAAUUCAGGAAAGGAAAGACUCGCUGAAAAAGUAUAAAGGUAAAACUUUUUCUGCGCAAACUCUCCAACAUCACCGUCAAAUUCUUCCCACUGAUUCUUCAGUCCGUUUCCACAGAGCGGCAGAGAGCAUGAUGUCGCCCACCACGGCAGCCACAGACUCUACGAUGGGAAAUGGAAGCGCAGGCCCGGAACCCACUUUUCUGUUGAAUCCACCAGACAGUCCACGUCCUGCUGAGCAAAGCAAAAGUCAGUGUUCCUCUUUGUCAGACGGCGAAAACUACGAAUGGAAUGGGGAAGGUGUUGACAUCGACGCCGACUCAGGGAUUUCAAGCGACCGGAAUUUAGGUGACGGGAUUCGAACGCGAAGUCCAUCUUCAAGCAUAAAUCGACACGCAUGGUUACGGACGAGCUUGAGGAGGUCUUCACCAAGCCACCAGGAUAACUUGCCAAAUCGGAGAUGGGGUUCCUUCAGGCACAAUGGGAAGAGACAGCUCGGAUCGAAUGCCUUAGCGAGUCAAUUAUACCGCAGCUCCAGUUUCAAUUCGUCAGGAAGGAGCAGCACUUGCGACACUGCCGAUGACAUGUACUCUGAUGCUUCCUUAGAAGAAGACGUGCAUGAUUUACACCAUAAGUUCCAAGUUCUUCAACAGCAAGUGGGCGUUCUCCAAGAUUCCGCACACCAGAACGAUGAAAGAUACACGAGAGCCAAAUCCGACAACGCCGCCCUUCAGGCCAGGGUGAUAAUGCUAGAGGAGCAAUUAAGGGACACGGAAAUGAGAUACAACGAACGGAUACAGGACGAGCAAAGAAGAUCUAGAGAAUUAGUAAAUAGAGUGGAACGCGAAAAACAACUACAGUUAGAAAAUGCCAGCAUUCGUUUACACGGGGCGGAGACGGAGGCGUCGAAUCUGAAGGAAGAAGUCUCAAGACAGAGGAUGCGAAUAGAAAAACUUGAAUCUGAAAGGAAAGAACUGACUGACCAAAUCCAGGAACUGACCAAUGAAGUGAUACUUGCGAAGGAGCAAGCCACUAGCUUUAAGGAGAAAGAACGAAGACUGAACCAAGAACAUGAGGCACAAGUUCAACUAAUAGAAGAUCUAUCCAGAGAAAUAGAAAGGUUAAGGUCAGAAGCUCGGACUCCAGCGCUACCAACUACCUCACCGGAAACCAUUCGACUCGAAGAACUCCACGAAGAAAUGACGGCCUUACGAACGAAAAAUACUCAGUUGCAAGAAGCAAACGAUGAGUUGCAAGCUAGUCUACUCCACGCUGGACUGGAACAGGGCAGGAUGCUCACUGCUGGCGAAAACAGUCUUGCUGCAGAACUAGAAGCCAUGACACAUGACGAGCCUGUCAUUCCACAUGAUUGCGAUUCUGUAGCUAAGAUCCAACAAGCUCUGAAGGAACAGCAGGAAGUAAAUUUACAAUUGAGGUGCUAUAUCGACGGGAUUUUACUCAAUAUUGUGGAAAAUUAUCCACAGUUACUUGAGGUGAAACAUAGGUCUACAUAGUCGAUAAUAAAAAUUAGAUAAUUUGUAUUUUAAUGUUAAUCUCUGUAUAUAUAAUCUAUGAAAUGUGUUUAGUCUUAACUGUUGCGAAUAAUUACAUAAAUUUUAAUAACUAUAACUAAUGUAUAUAAAUGUUAUAAGUAGCUCAAUGGUCCGUCCAUUAUGUGAUUAGACACUGUGAUUGGUGGAUGAUGUUUUAGAAAUGCUACUUACAUUACUAUUGCAUUAUUUAAUUUUUAUAUUAAUUUAUUCAAGUGCCUCGCUCUAGAGUGUUAAUUUUUAUUGUUGAUCUUGUAACUUUUAACAACCAAACUCACUUAUGUCUAAGAUUUUAUAACGUUUUUGUAAGUUUGGCUCAAAAUAGAACUAGUUCAAUUUUGAACCAAAUAACUUGGCAAUUUAAGUAAUGCGAUGUUUAAUUCUGUUGGAAAUUAAAUAAUGAUAAUGAUAUUUUAUUUAUUGAAUGUUAAAUGUAUAUUUUUGUAAAAUUAAGUCAUUUAAAAGAAGCUACUUGUUCCCAGUAUUUUAUAGAUAUUUGUAUAUUUUAUAUAUAUUGUCAGUAGUAAACCGGCCUACAUUAAACUCUUAUCUGUGUACUUAAUGAAGAUUAUACACAGGUGCAGCCUAGAAGUGUCUAGGUUUGUUAUACAGUUAAAAAUAAAUUUAGAUUGGAAUAUUCUUAUGUAUAUAUUUUUUUAUAAAAGUACAAACCAAUACAUUAAAAUUUUAAAAACACUGAA